AUGAGCCUCAUCCUGGGCUGGUUCAGGCAGUUCCUGAGGCAGAGGUUUCGCCUGCAGGCCAGCGCCUCUCUGCCCGGGCUCCGCGCGCGAGCGGGCGCGGCGCGCCCCGGGAUCAUCCAGUGGCUGAGCUGUGCCACGUAUCGCACAGGUGCAGCCGAGCGGGUCGCCUGGCACCCGCGCCGGCAGCCGCGCCAGCAGCCGCCGCAGUGGGACGGACCACCACACGUCGGGCGUACGCUGACUGCGGGCACCUCGGCGCCAUCGCCUUGCGAGCUCCGGGCGGCCCUCGCGGCCGCGGCCCGCUUCGCCCGCCGCGGGGCCCGCCGGGGCGGCGCGGCAGACGCCCCGCUGCGGCGGGAGUUGCCGGACAGAGAGCGCUGCGUCGGAGAGUCGCGCCGAUUCGAACGGGAGCAGCUGGCGCUGCUCCAGGACUACGUCUGCCGCGCCCAGCGCCGGGACGGCUCCUGGGAGCCCUGCGGGGGCGGCGCCCGCGCGCCCGCGGGGGCGGCGCGUCGCCCGCCGCAGCGCGUCGCAGAGGCGGAGCUGGACGUGGCCACGUCCGGGCACUGGGAGGGCGCGGAGGGGCCGUUCCCGGCCGACUCGCUCGGGUCCCUGUCCCGGUACGCUACUUGCGGUCACUACUUGGGGCCGAAGCUGCCCAAGGACGGCAAGCUGGAGGGCAGGCCUCUCACUCAGGACGUGAUGGAGACGCCGCACGCCAGAGGCGUCGCUGGCGGAGCGGAUCGGUCGCGGUGUCACGAGUACCGCUUCGCCUCGCGCGCGAGCGCCAACGCCUCGCUGCACCAGUACUCGUGGGCCACCCGGGAGUCUGCGCAGCAGUGCCUGCAGGGGCGAUGGAUUGCGUUUUGGGGAGACUCCACUACGCGCAUCGCUUUCUCUGCGAUGGUGGAUUUCCUCGCCGGGGGCAUAGAUGACCCCACCUUCCCGACCCAUGAUUGGUCGUACGACCUGCACACAAAGAACAUCGACAAGUGCAAUCAUGCGACGGACGCUCAGGAACUGGCGUGUCAUUUGGCCGCGCACAUUCCCGAGUCGGGCACCUCUGUCACGUUCAAUUGGGUCACAAAGAUGUCUUUAUGGCCAUCAUUGAAAGAGACGCUGGCCGUUUUCCAGAACAAGCAGGAGUUUCCGAACCUGCAGCUGAACGCCGUUCCAGACCUUCUGCUGAUCAAUUCCGGCCCGUGGGAAGUGUAUGAGUUCAAGAAUAGCUUGACUGGAUGGAUCGACAACGACAGAUACGCCGAGAUGUUCGCCAAUUUCCUGGAGCACGAGUUAGGGGGCCUGAUCGAGCAGGGACAAUUGGGGGUGGGCCAGGUGAGCACCAGGUUGAUGGUGUUGGGCAACACGGCGUGCCCGCAGGGCCCGGCGCUGUUUUGCAAGGCCGGGGGCGUGCCUUGCACCAGCAGGAUGGCGGACCUCGCGAGGCUCCAGAGGAGUGUGCUGUGGAGGAAGGCAGCCGAGCUGGGCCUGGAGGCCUCCGCCCGCUACGUGGACGCGCUGAGCCUGUACGACCCCCUCCCCGCGCAGUACCAGUGCCUCGGCAGCGGCUUCCACCUGCCAGCCGUCGUCACCGACGCGCGCAUCAACCACGACCUCCGGCGCCACGCCGAGGGCAUGCUCCACGAGGUGCGGACGGCCACGAGCCUCGGGCGGAAGACCGCGGCCCUGACCGAGGCCGUCGAGAGGCAGCACGCACUCGCGCGGCCCGUGCUCCGAGACACGGAUGUGCACAUGGUCCCGACGAACGAGGCCGAGGGCGCUCCGGGUGAGGACGACGAGGACGGCGGCGGCGUGGAGGGCGCGGAAGAGGAAGGAGAGGGCGGCGACCUCGACGCCGAGGUGACCAGGAUGAUCUCCGAGGCGGACGCUGGCGAGCCGCUGGGGCCCACCGCGGCUGGCUGCGCGUGCGACCCCCAGGUGAAGUGCGGCCUGCAGGGCCGCUCCUUCAGCUGGUGCCGCGUGGGAGGAGGCACCUGCGCGCUUCUUCGCCGCGACCACGCCGACGUGCUCGACCUGGGGGGGGCCGACCACAACCUGUACAAGGGACAGUCCGUGAUCCCCGCCUCCGGGGCCUUCCCAGAGCGCUCGGGCGCCGUGUGGGACUACUGCACGCCCAAGCCAG